UGGGCUCCGCAUCCGGCUGCCAGUCCAGAUGCAGCCUGCUAGAGAGGGAGAAGUGGUGCAGGAUGGAUCCAGUCCCGCUGCUCCUCAUUCUGCUCACAUCUUGGCCCUCGACCUCCGCGGUCUACGAUGGGCCCCUGCAGCCUGAGAUCUCAAACGGCACUUUUCACCACUUCUUCGUCCCGGACGGAGAUUAUGAGGAGAAUGUGGACCCGGAGCAGUGCCAGAUGCUCUUCAAGUUCUCCGAUGUAGUUCCGUGCUCCGCUGCAGCGGAGCGGAGCGACGCUGCGGUGCGCGACGACUUCAUCAUCACCAAGCUGCAGGCGGAGGACGCGGCGCGGCUGCUGGAGGGCAUCGGCCGCGCCGUGGCGCACGACCUGGAUGGAGAGGACAGCUACGGGAAGCUCCUUCAAAAGGAGAUCUCCCAGAUCGGGGAGGCCUUCUCCAGCGUGGACAGAUCCCUGGUGGAGCUGGAGGGGAAGUUUAAGCAAAGCCAGGAGACUGAGCUGAAGGAGGAAGAGCAGCUGAACGGCUACGCGGUGAAGCAAGUGAGCGACAUCAAAGGCGCGCUGAGGGAAACCAUGGACAUCUCUCAGGGACUUAAAGACAGACAUGAGCUGCUGUCCCUCAUCAUCCGCAGCCAUGGCACCAGGCUGAGCCGCCUGAAGACUGAGUUCCUCAAUGUGGGCUUAUGAACGCAUUGGUUUGUAAGUGCGUAAUAUAAAAAGAGCAUCAGGUUCAUCAAACAACUGGAAAAUGUAUUGUGGUUUAUGAAUAUGCCUCUGAAGUAUUUCACCCUGACCUUUUGGUUCUUCCCGUUCCUCUGAGCUAUGCAGGGAGCUGUAACUAAAAUAUCAGCACAUUCCUGUAAGUCAGGGGGGGGGGGGAAGCAAAGAGAGAAUAAAUUAUGGCUGUGCCACUCAUGCAGGGGGGGUUUAUUCAGUCAGGGUGAUUAAAUAUAGUGCAAAGAUGUUAAUCUGUAUCAUUGUGAGACUGACUAUAUUGAAUUAAUAUGAACUUCCCAGUUGAGUCCCCGACCAAAGGAUAAUAAGUUUCUCUUUCAACCCUCCACUGAACUGGGGGCCCCAAGAGGACCUAAAUGUACACAGGAGUUGUUAAUAAGAGCAUCAGCUGUAUGAGGUACUUCAAAAUAAAUGGAAACACCAACAAAAACUUCCAAAUUUUACA